CUUCCUUACGGGAAGAAAGCGUGAACAACUCUCGACCGCCUUUCAAGUUCAAGGGCGGAGCCUGGGGCUUCAGUAACUGUUUACGCCCAAAGCGAUUUCCAGAAUUACAGGGCGAAGUUAGAAAAAGUUAGGAAGAGAAAGUUUCGGUUUGCAGUCAGAGGAAGAAUUUAUUACCAUGUCCGUCGAAGAAGCAUCUGCGCUGCAGCAAAUUCAAGAAACUGAACUAAGCAAGGAGCCUAAUGAGGAAGAGUCGCAGCCAUCCUCCGACACAGCUGCUGCCAGCCCGGCGGCUGAGGAAGACGCCUUCACCUACCGCUCCUUGGUACUCUGCGGCCACGGUGGCUACGAUAAAGUAAAGCUGCAGGUUAUGCAGGGGAUGCCCGUCCCGAAGAAGGGAGAGCUGAUGAUCCGCGUCAAAGCAUGCGGGCUGAACUUCGCGGACCUAGUGGCCAGGCAGGGUCUGUACGAGCGGCUGCCACCUCCACCGGUCACACUGGGCAUGGAGUGCUCCGGGGUGGUGGAGGCUGUGGGUGAAGGAGUGACGGGGAGGAAGGUGGGAGACAAGGUGUUUGUUGUGAACGCUUUUGGACUGUGGCAGGAAGUGGUUUUAACGGUCGAACAGUUUACUUUCCCCAUGCCGGAGGGGAUGAGCUUCGAGGAGGCUGCUGCCUUUCCUGUCAACUACAUGACUGCCUACCUGCUGCUCUUCAAACUUGCCAACCUGCAGCCCCAACAGAGUGUGCUGGUGCACAUGGCGGCAGGUGGUGUAGGCACCGCGGUCACACAGCUCUGCAAGUUGGUAGAGGGUGUGACUCUCUUCGGAACGGCAUCAGCCAGCAAGCAUGAAGCCAUCAAGCAGGAGGGAGUCACUCACCCCAUCGAGUACCAGAACUAUGUGGACGACAUCCGCAAGAUCUGCCCCAAAGGUUUGGACAUUGUGCUGGAGCCUCUGGGAGGCUCAGACGUCCAGCAGGGCUUUGACCUCCUGAAGCCCAUGGGCAGACUUGUUACUUACGGUUUUGCCAAUGCACUGACGGGUCCAAAGAAGAACCGGAUGGCUUUGGCCAAAAUGUGGUACAACGAGUUCUCUAUCAAGGCCAUGUCUCUCAUGCAGUCCAACAAGGUAGUAUGUGGCCUCCACUUGGGCUACCUCUACAAGGAGCGUGAGAUCUUUGUAGAGGUGGUGGGCAAGCUGCUGGAGCUGUACAAGCAAGGCAAGAUAAAGCCACGUGUGGACUCUGUCCACCACUUCGAGCAGGUGGGCGAUGCUAUGAGGCGUAUGCAGGAGCGACUCAACAUCGGCAAGGUGAUCCUUCUGCCAGAGCCCAAGAAGGAGAAGGAGGAGGAGUCGAAGGAUGAGGCCAAGAAGGAGGCGGAACUCAAGGAUAACGCAGCACAAGAUGAGGAACCUGUGAAGGAAGAGAAUUGAGAGGAGGAAGCAUGACUUUUUAGAUGACUGGUCUCUUUCUGCUGUGCCCUGCCCAUGAUUCUCAGUCAUGGAGUCCUGCAUGGGCUCGGCUGCUCACGGCUACAAUUUAUUGUAUUUUUUUCAUUAUGUAAAAAAAACACUCUUUGCUCCAACUAAUUGCUUUGUAAAAUCACUGUGGAUCUGUGCUGGUGCAUCUCUGUGUCUCCCUCUUCUCUCUCAGGAUUCAAUGCGUUGGUCGACAUUGUCGCUUCAGCUAUGAAAUGAAAUGGGUAGAAAUCACCUAUACUGAGGAGAUUUUUUUUUUUUUUUAGUAUUUCAAUAGGAUGGAUUUCUCUAGGCUUUAAGAAGGUGAUUGCUAGGAUUAACUUAAUUCCUCCAUACUAAACCAGCCUGCAUUCUGGCACCAGACUGUGGUUCCUGUCUGAUACCUGGAUGUUCUGUAUUCAGGAACUGUAGUUUGUUAGCAUUGCCCACGGGAUGUAAACGGGUAGUGUGUGGCUCUGCAGGUUAGGCUGCCGUAGUUGCUUGCUAUUAGUGAUGGCCAAAACAACGUUUUCUGUAUUUUUUUUUUAACCCACUAGGUGGUGCCCUCUCUGUUUAAAAAUGGGCUCAAAGCAUGACUGAGAAAGCCAAGAGUGCCAUCUAGUGGAGUUAAAAAUACAACAAAUGGUUCAUGAGGCAUCUUUUUGGUCAUCUAGUUCUCAUAUAAAGAGAGAAAUCCACAUAUUAGUAACUCCAUCCAUUCAUAUUCUACAUGAUCAGUUUCACUUUCUUUGACUUUGCAACAGUGUCAUAUCGAUGCAAUUCAUGUAAUACAUGUUUGACAGUAUAUGACUUAGCUGACUAGUGCAUGUUAGUAUUUACACAAUCAGCAUGAUAUAUACAUGUGAGAGUAACGAAAUUCAAAAGAAAAACUGUGUAAUCCAUUUUCAUGACAAUGAGAGACAAUUGUACUUGCACAAUUGCAUGAAUUGAUCCGUCAUUUCAAUUUUGCGUCAAAGCAAUGAGAAAUGCUUAUAAUGAUAUGAAUAAAUGUGAUGAUGAAAUAGAGAA